AUGAUCGAUAACGACGAACCCUUCGUCCUGGGACACCUCCAUACCAUCCUCGUCAAGGUGCGGAACGGAGGAGAUAUCCCGCGAGAGUGGAAGGAUGCAACCAUCAAGGUGCCGUACAAGCAGGGUGACCGGUCCAACUGUAACAACUACAGGGGGGUUUUCCUACUAUCUCACAUAGACAAGGUCCCCAUCAAGAUCAUCACCAACCGUCUAAGCGCCUUCUGCAAAGCCAACAACAUCCUCCUGGAGAAACAAUGCGAAUUUCGACCCGGGCGAUCCACCGUCGACAUGCUGUUCGUCGUGCACCGCCUCCAGGAGCUGGAGCGGAGAACGAAAACACCGCUCUACAUGUGCUUCGUCGACUUGAACAAGGCGUAUGAUUCGGUGGACCGAGAGAUGCUAUGGGAGGUGCUGGCUAGGGCCGGGAUUCCCGCGAAGCUGAUCGAAGUCAUCCGCCAGUUUCACGAUGGAAUGCGGGCCCAGGUGCGCAUAGACGACGGAGAACUAUCCGACUGGUUCUUCGUGACUCAGGGCGUGCGACAAGGAUGUGUGUUAUCCCCACUGCUGUUCAACAUCUUCUUCGCCGAGGUCCUCGAGUUCGUUGUCAUCUGAUUCAGCGAGGAUGAUGUUGUUUUGCGGAGCCUGGUAUGCUUGGAGGAGGGGAAGACGGAAGCGGGGGGGGGCGAGGAGACACCCCUUGACAGAGCACGGAGGGCAGUAUGGGUUAUGCUGUAUGCCGAUGAUGCCGGCGUCGUAUCGAGGUCUGCAGAAGGACUGGCGAAAAUGAUGAACAUCAUCGUUGAGGUGUUCGGGGAGUUCAGGCUAACGGUGUAGGAGAAGAAGACGGAGACGCUCCUGAUGCGCGCAAAAUACAAGCCGACUACAACAUCACAGCUCGCCUUGCCUCCACCACUGACCAUCGAAGCCGCGGGACAGAAAUACGCCCAGACGACCGAGUUCCGGUACCUCGGUGGCCUCGUCAACGAACAUGGCGACCUCACCCGGGAGAUCAACUACAGGAGCAGAGGAGCGUGAGCGUGCCUCAGGCGAUAUGGCCGGGAGCUCUUCGACAGACCGCAAGCACCAUUCCGACUCAAGGUCCGCCUGCUCCAGGCGGAGGCGAUGGAGGCACUGCUGUACGGCUGCAUGACAUGAUCACCACUC